UCUUCGUUCCUGCUUCGCGCCUAUUUUGCUUUGAUACUCAUGACCGCUCCUACCGCAGCCGAAUUGACAAAACACGAAGCGCAGUCGAUCUGCCAGACCUUCGGCCAGUCUGCAAGCGAGCUCUUCUUCCGGUGGCAGUCAGUCCCCACACGCGAGCGCCUUCUAGAGCUACGGCACACAAUGCAACGCGACCACGACCGCAGGGCUGCGACACAGCGGCACAGUGCUGCGGGCUCGCCGGCGACUCCCGGGAACCGGAUCUCGCGCAACAGAAACCGCACUGCGCACUACGACAUGAGCUCGGUUGGUGGACUCAUGCAGGACAUGGUCAAUGGGAGCCAGCGCAGCGUGAUGACAACACCGCAAAGCACGAAGCGAGUGGGGCUUUUGAGGGGGAACGGGUCGACGGCGAAGCGCCCUGGCGUGUUUUCGCCCAUGUCGCCGGGUAUUGAAGCGUCGCCGAUGGCUGCUCGGUUCCGCGACCGCACGAAUGCUGGCGAGAGCGUCAAUAUAGUCAAUCCUGAGCUGCCGGUGCUGAAGAUGGAUGCAAUUGCGAACAAGCAGUUGAACAUCGAGGCUAUCGAGCCAGAUAGCGCCAAGACGACAGCAGAUUAUGAUAGCGAUCUGGACGAAGGAGGCGAAGAAGAGGACCAGAAGCUGUCAAAGCAGCGGAUGCGGUACAUGUUUGAGAAACCCGGGACGCGUUCUGACGUGCUUAACCGGCGCAUCGAGCGCAUGGCCAGUGCUGUCAAGAAAGACUACAAGAUCGAUGCCCUUGCAAACCCGACGUACGCGCAUCAGGACCUGGUUACCUCUGUCGGUCGCAUCGUUGGAUUCAACCCUGAUGACCCUGCUGCCAGCGCCCACUUGGCCAACGAUACGGUUUACCUGGAGACCUCCCGUCGACUCGGAAACGGCCGCCGGGUGCAGCUCGAUGUUAGCUCAGCUGCGUCGUUCUCGCUGUUCCCUGGCCAAAUAGUUGCUGCUGAGGGAAAGAACCUUGAUGGCUCGGCCUUUGCUGUGUCGCAGUUCCACCCUCUGCCGCUGCAAUCGCAUCUGAGUGUUGACAGGCGCGAACCAGGUAUUUCGCCCUUUACCGCGAUUGUCGCGUCAGGCCCAUUCACCCUCUCUGACAACUUUGACUACGAACCCUUAGCAGUCCUGAUUGACUGUAUCGUGAAAGACCCGCCCAGCGCAGUGUUCUUGCUUGGUCCCUUUGUCAGCGAAGCUCACCCGUUAAUCAAGGGCGGUAUGGUGGAUAUGCUUCCCGAGCAGAUAUUCGCGUCUCAAAUUGUCCCGCUGCUAAAAACACUGCGUGAUGGCCUACCCGCUGAAACCGCUGUGUUCUUGGCACCGUCUCCCGACGAAAUGUGCCACCCGUUUGCCUCGUAUCCGCAGCCGCCACUUAACCGCGACAUGAUGGCACGCCUUGGCGUCCCAUCUGGAAUCCAGUUCCUCGACAACCCUGCGCAGCUCACAAUCAACGGUGUGUCCAUCGCAGUGGCCAACACUGAGACCCUAGCGUUCUUUAAUUCGUCGGAAGUCUCACGCAUGCCCGAUCUCAUUGAGCGCUUGCCGCGUAUGGCGUGGCAUAUGAACUAUGCCGGGAUCUUGGCAUCCCAUGAUGUCAAGUUGCAUAUGCAUGUGAUGCCGGAUAUCUUCAUCACGCCGUCCAAGCUGCGGCACUUUGCCCAUCUCCACAAGAAUGUUGUGCUGGUGAAUCCUGGGUACUCGACGUUGGGGCAGGGCGGGGGCACAUAUGCCAAGAUUUAUGUCCACGAUAAGGCGGUAGCGGCGGCACAUAUGGCUCAGGCGGACAGCCUGAUGGGAAACAAUGCCGAUGAGGUUUUCCCUGCACACUGCAUCCGCGCUGAGAUUGUCCGCUUGUAGCCAGCAUUCCCCCAAACAUACUUUUGGAAUUUUGAAUAACAGAAAAGGUAAAGACAUUGCGGUACUGCUCCCCUAAUGCCAUCUUGGCAGACCCAGCAGGAUUGAUUGGCGCGCUUGGUCCAGGUUGGGAGCACGGAUAUCCAUAUCUGCUUACCUGAAAACGGCCAACAGUUGGGGAAACGCGGGCUGAAUACUACAGCUGCAGAUGAUGCUUGAACGGGCACACCGCCUGUAUCCGGGCGAUUGUCCUGCGUCUGUGCAUUCCCAUGCCCAACAUCCUUGGAUGGGCGACGGGCAGUGCAAUCAG